AGAAAUCAGUUGAAAUCAUGGCUGCCAAAUGAAAAGCAGAGAGUGUUCGUAAUAAAGAAAAGAAAAGAAGGGCACAUCACAUUGCCAACUCUCCCAUGCCUUUCAGACUCAUCCCUUCAACUUGAAGGCCAAAAAGCCUUUAUUUUUUUAAUUUUUUUCCACCUCUUUCUCUUUCUCUUUCUCUUUCAACACACAGAUGAAAAUUCCCUGUUUUCUCAUCUUUGCUCACCUCUUUCAUUCAUCGCUCUUCACCUUGCUUUGUUCAUGCAAGAUCCUAAGAACUCUCACACAAGGAAGCCUUGGUAUCAAAGAGCAAUGGAGAGGGCUACCGUAUGGAAAACUGUUUCGAAGACGGCCGGAAUCCCUACUACAAAUGCUACAACAUUGUGGAAAACCAUUUCAAGACCAACUGAAAUCCCCAUGGCGAAUGCAACAUUUUGGAAAGCGAUUCCCAAGUCCACCGAAAUCCCUUCAACUCAUCCCAAUAGAUCGGAGAAGCUACGGAAAUGUACUUCCCUAAGGGUUGCCACUACGUUUACUCGAGUUUGUCUAUGUGCACCAAUCUCUUCCUACAACGAGGUAUUUCGUGCCGAUGUUCCCCCUAGAAGAAGCAACACUUACCCUAGGUCAAAGGCCUUUCCCCUGGCGCAAGAAAGGGUAAUAACAAGCGCGAGACUUAGCACGGAAGGAAGAAGAGUUUUCCGUGGUAAAUCAUUGACGGACGAUGUAUUGAUGAGGAGAUUUGUUGUGGAAGAAGAAGCAAUGAUGCAAGUUAGGAGGAGGAAUCAAAUGGAGGUUAUAAGGAAGAGAAGUUUGAUGAGAAGGAAGAUGCUUGGCCCUAGUCCUCUUAGUAGAAUGGUAAAAGCUAAUGAAGAUGAUGAAUUUUAACCUUCUUUCUUUUUAAUAUUACCCAUAUUUUAUCUCUAGUUUUCUUUUAUUUAAUUUUCAUUUGUCUGUACUUUCGAUUGUGUACUUUUUUAAAUGCUGGGAUGCCAAUUCAAAUUUGGAUCUUGCUUUUAAGCA